AUGUCUGCAGCAUUUGCAGCCUUGAACACUUUUUUCUCCAUCACCGCAAUACUGGGCAAUAUUCUCAUCCUAAUUGCUCUUAACAAAGUGACUUCGAUUUGUCCUCCAACGAAACUUUUGUUUCGAUGUCUGGCGGUCACCGAUCUUUGUGUUGGACUGGUAACACAACCGCUGUUUACAGUGAAGCUUCUUGCCAGCCUCAACGAUAAUGAAUAUGUUUAUGUUGAUUUAACACAGUUGAUCUCAUCUCAAGUUCUUUGCGGUGUCUCCCUCUUGACCUCAACUGCAAUAAGUGUGGACAGACUUCUUGCGUUGUCGUUGGGUCUGAGGUAUAGAUACCUUGUUACAUUAAGGCGGGUGCGAGCGCUUAUUAUCUCCUUUUGGUUUCUAAUUGGUGCUUCGGUUGUGUGUAUCUUCAUUUCAGGAAUUCACUUUUUUGUAUAUGCUGUUGUGAUGCUUAUUUCUCUUCUUAUCUCGGCCAUCUCUUACGCUAAGAUCUAUUUCCGUCUCCGUCACCAACUGCUUCAUGUACAAGGCCACGUUCACCAACGACAACAACUUCCUCCCAAUGGCGUAGUACCGUCUGCAUUAAAUUUAGCGCGAUACAAGAAAACGGUUUCUAUCAUAGCAUGGGUACAGCUUGGAUUAUUUGCUUGUUACUCUCCUUUUUGUAUUGCUAUAGUUUCAUUCCAUUUUGAAGAAGAGUUUUUGGACGAUAAUAAUAUAUUUUACUUUUUCGUUUGUUUACUAUACUUAAACUCAUCUCUAAACCCUAUUCUUUACUGCUGGAAAAUCAGGGAGGUGAAACAGGCAGUAAAGGACAUAAUUAGACAGUUAAACUGUUGCUGUGAGCUAAAUUGAACCUUUGUGUAGUAAAAAACAAUAUAAAACUCUGUGGAAAGAAAAAAACGGCUGGACCUAAAUACAAGUUUUAUUCUGACGACAGAAUUGCCACGUGAUUAAGAGAGGAUCUCUGUAUCAAGGUGACAGUUGUUAUUCCCCUGGUCUACAAAGAGUGGCUCUAUACGUUGGGUGACAACAUCCUCCUAAAUGAUCAUUUUGAUGUCGUGUGAAGGAAUAUUUGCUGCCACCAUAGGGUGCGACUGAGCCACAGGCUCUCCUACAAUCGGCGGGACCAAAAAAGCUAAAACGGAACCUACACCAACCUGUUUUCUAGUUCAAACAGGUAUAAAGAUACUGAACACCGCUGAACUCUUUUGUUCACCGGCUACUGAGCAAAGCUGCAAAGCCAACGAGUUUUGGAAAGGAGAACCAGUUGUGGUCUACGACAUGACACUCUAAUCAUAUUUCGUCUUUCCUUUCAGAACAAUUGGAAACACACCUACAUCCAACUGGAAACGUGUUAGAGUACAUUGAUACCAGGAAGUUCAAACCUUAUUCACAUAUAAAUAUAGCUCGAUAGCGCUGAAGCAAUUUGGCAGUGAAGGAAGAACAUUCCAUGACCUAUAAAUUAUGUAUACAAAAAAAGCCUACGUGCACUCCCUCGGACCCUUUUAAAUGUAUAGUAAAUGAAAACUAGGCUGUUUAUUAUAGAUAUUUUUGUUUGACAUGUCUCUUUUUUUCUCUUUCGCUUGUGACGAUCUGGAGGAUUUCUUCCGUUUGACAAAAAUAUUCAAACUUGAAGCAUGUGACAUAAAAAUAAUGUUUAGCGAACGUUUAUGUAAACUCAAUAAAAGAACAAAUUUAACAAAUAAUGACACUUCAUCAGCGAUUUUUUCCGUUUUUCUUUGCUGAAACUUUCGUAACUUCCCUUCUUCAUCGUAAGAUGUUUCUAGGAGAAAAAGAAACGGCGAUCCAUUAUUGAUGGCCAUUAAAUUCACCACCGAUCUGUUCGUCUCAUCAAUUAGAAGCUGCACGCAGCUUGAACAAGAAAUGAUUGACACAUGUCUAGGCAAAUCGAGCUUGUAUCACAUGAUAACAUCUCUCAUAAAGAAAAAGCCAUGCUGAAAGUUUCAAAUUAAUGGCCUAAAAGAGAAAAAGUUCUUUGUUCGCGUUUUGUCCUUUCUUGAUCGUAAAUGCAUGUAUUUACUUUACGGUCAAUACACUGAAAUACCUUUACGUCAGGGUAACCUUUAGAUAUAGAGAAUUAGAGAAGGAAUAAAUUUAACAAAAACUGAUACUGAGAUGUGGCCGAUGUUUUCACCAGAUUUGAAUGUCAAAUUGCAAAAUGAUCCAUCCCUCAGCUGGUAGAAACAGGAUCCUUUACAAUAAAUGCACUUUUCAUUUAUUGCGGUCAUAAGAAAUAUAACUGCCAUAUAACUUAAAAGAAUAAUUGCAUCCUCAUCUAAUAAGGCUAACACCAAACUACUCAACAGAAUUCUAGAACUAACUUAAGUGUUUACAAAAAAUUCAAAGUCAAAUUGCAUGAACAUAAUCUGUUGAUCUCUUCUGUCACUAAUUGCGGCCUGUUUCACAAACCCUCCACCAUUGUAAGGCGGUGUUUACCUGGAAACGGUUCUCUGUCAUAGGUGUUUGCCUGCGCUACAUUCUUUAAUGUUUCUUGUAUUUAUACUAAUUUUGAUGGACGGGCUGCUGACUUCGCUCAUUGUUGUUUUUAAGAUAUUUGUCCAUUUACACUACCAUUUGGUGCACUGAACGAUAUUGACGGAUGACAUAGCUUUAUAAAAGGGCGCGCUCAUGAUUCAUAUUAACAAGGAGCUGUACACGUCACUAGGAGGCUCCAUGGGGAUUUUUUGACCGCGCGAGAUCCGGGUACAAACAUAGGACGAGCUUUAAAAGAGUCAACAUGCAAACAUGGCGGCUCGAUACGAUACCACGAUUGUUAUCUGGAAAUGUGUAUUAAAAACAAUAUAAUACAAUAAAGUCUUUAUGCGAUGGAAUCUAGGGUUUCCAACAAAAGCACCCGUAAUAUUGUUAGGCCUUCUCAACUGAAAAGAGGUCAAUGGAAAGGAAAGAUUGCCAGAGGGCGACAGACUCAAAAGUCUACGCAUGCUCAGAUACUGAUCUUAGCGAAGUUCUAUACCAUUACGUACUACUUUGGACAAAGAAAACAGGGAUCUUUGGAAUAAGAUUUAUCACGUUUCUUUGGGUGGAAUUUCCUAACAUUUGCUGGACUGUUAAACAUAUUUGUGGCCUUCCUAGUGCCUGUUGAUAAGAAAAAUCAUAAGGCCAAAUUUGAGAUAGAGAAAGAAAACACAAAAUUGCAAAUAGGGAGGAAACUACUUUUGUGACCUCCAUUUCUCUAUUUUCUACGGAUUUAGAUGAUCAGCAGGACAAUCUUUACAAAACUGUGAAAAUUUUAAGAGAUCUCACCGAAGCAAAUCGAAGAAAAUCAAAGGCAAAGCCAAAUUAUAGCUGGCGAGCGCCUCCCUUCGUGGAGCCUUAGCUUAAAAACGAAAAUCAUUUUGAGAAUAUUUAUUCCAGUAAACGAUAGUCCGAACCUGACUCAUUGCCUUCUGAUGGCUUUUAGUGACCUUGAAAAGCGAAAACAUAAAAGUUUUCUAGAAAAACAUAACGCUGGCGCGCGCGCCAACAUUGAGUGAAAACCCUAUAAAGCCUUCUUAAACUUCCUUGAAGAAGUGUUGCUCUGAAAGUGUGUAAGAAGAUCGUUAAAGUUUUUUUUCGCCAUUUUCGAUAUAAAUUUUUUUUAUAAAUAAUUGCUUGCAUUGAUAAGCACUGCUUGUAAUAAACACAUUAAUUUGAAUUUAAAAGAAAUAAAACGAAGCCGGCGUCAGUUUUAUUUUCCAAAUGUUCACUGGGUGGAGAAGUUUCAUCAAUUGAACUUACUAAUGGGGUCGCAUUACUCGCCAAAAAAAAAUUGUUUGUUAUUUUAAAAAUAAACUCAGCAACCAUUAAAAAUUCAGACUAAUAGUAGAUGUUUUGUAGAGCUAUUUGCAAUUACGCUCAGCCCAUAAGAGCACCCACAGGCGCCAUACAAAUUGACUCAUUUACGACAUUUACACAACAAAGAAUCCGAUCAACACGACCAAACUUUACCGAUGGAUUGCAGCUAACCAAUCACUAAACACUUACACUACUUGAGUUUUAGCUUUUUCCCGACUACAGAAAUAAAACGAAGCGUGUGUCAGUUUUAUUUUCGAAAGGUUCGCCGGGUGCGGAAGUUUCAUCAAUUGUCUCAACUCAUAGAGUCGCUUUGCUUAAAAAAAAAUCAAUCAAUUUUUUUACUUCGAUAACAUACUCAAGUAACCAUUCAUUCCAAAUUUCAAUUACUCGAGCAAACUGACCAUAAUGUGAAUGUGCAGCAGAUAACUUGUAUGCUCGUUUGUUAUUGUGCUUCGUUCAAAAGGUCACCUACCGGCGCCAUAUAGAUCGGAUUAUUUACAACAUUUACGCUAAAAAAAACGGACCCAUUAACGCUACCAAACAUUAUCGACGGAUCUAUACCAAGCAAUCACGACUGACCUACGCCAGUUAAAGCCGAUAACAUCAGCUGGACUUUAAAACAAGUUAUCUCCGGACUUCUGAAUCGUCACAAGAGGUGGUAGUUGUCAUUUAUCAAAGAAUUGGUCUGUGCUUAGCAUGGUGCAUUCGAAGAACUACUGUUACUUGAUAAACACUGCUUAUCAAGAAAAAGUAAUUGGAAUUGACAAGAAGUAAAAUGAAGCGUGCGUCAAUUUUAUUUUCUAAAUGUUUACCAUCAGUUUGAGAUGUUUCAUCAGUUAAAACGAUUGAUGGAGUCGCUAUACUUCGAAAAAUUAAUUAAUUAAUCUCAACGAUAAGUUCACCGACCAUCAGAAGUCAGGAUGAGGUGCAAAUCAAAACCAAUCGCAAUUUAUUUUACCUUUGCUCUGAUUGGCCGUUGUUGUGACACUUAGUAAAUCCUUUAACUCUCAAGAUCUGAUUGUUAAUUCUCCCCUUUAGCUGCUACACGUCUCUUUGUGAAUCAGUUGUGAGAAUUUGUAGUAGAUCAAGAUAACAACUUCUACCUGAUAAGUUGGAGUUUUCUCAAUGCUUGUUUGCAGGAUAUUGCAUGAAUACUAUGGGGAGAAGUUACAUGUCAAUCACUUCUGGGAGUUAAAGGGUUAAAAAAAAAGUUGUAAAGCGCUCACUUGACUUUCGCUUAUCAAAUGUGGACCGUGUGUCAAGGGAUUCAUUGAACGUGUUGGAUGUAAAGUGUGGCCUCGCUCCCUCAGGGAGAUCGGUAAACUCGAUCAGACGCAGAUUGUUAUCUACAGACAUAACGAGAAAAAAAAAACAGUCAAAUGAUCAAACAAUUUUGUCGUACAUAAUAAAUAAAAAGCUAAUCACCUAAUCGGAGAAGAAAGCGAAGAGGAAACGAUUGGGAUCGAGGGCAUAACGUGGAAGGAAGUGCAUUCCUGUUAGUGGUGAUUGGAUCACGUGGCCACUAACAACAUCUGAGCAGAUUAAAAAUAUAUAGUUAAUUAUCUCCUACCAUGACAUUUAAGAUCAUAACUCAGAAUUUUAUUUCUGCGGAAUUUCGUUGAAACGAAGCACGUUUAGUCAGAAUUCCACCUUGUGCCAGCAUAUAUUGGGAAAUAUCCCUCGUCCAACUUGGUGUUUAUUAGGUGAGAGCUAAGGGACCGGCAAAAAGGUACUAUGGAAAUAAUUUGAUGGCAGCUUACAGAUCUCGUAUAAAAUUUUCAAGGUAGACAGUUUGGGUGAUCAGUGUAUCACAUAAAAAGGACCUUGGCAUAAAGCAGCUUUGGACCGAUGCGUGAUAUUUUACUAUACACAUUGCGCUCCGAUGUAACGCUCAUUGGAUGAGUCAAUUUACGGAAUAAGCAAUUUUCAAUAAAGAAGAGUGUUCUAUGUAUGUUUCAGGUAUUCACCAAUUGGUGUUUGCAGUUUGAUUGCCGCACGAGUGGCAAGAAUGGUGACAUCUUGGGAUCAAUGCAGAAAAUUGGCAUGUUUAUUGUCACAGACACUAUUGGCUCAUUUAUCCACACCUUGGUUUUUCUACCGAUCGUUUACUUCGCUUUUACGCAGAAGAAUCCAUAUGCCUUUUAAAGGUCUGAGAGACACACUAAUGGCAGCACUUAGUAUUGCUUUCAGGUAAAUGUUAAGCAACCAGAGAUAAGGAUAAUAUGGGAGCUGGUACGUUUAGAGUAAGAGGAACUGAUCUCCCUGUCAUCGACGAAGGUAUACCUUAAUUGCUUGAAUACAAGGCACCCUUUGGAGAAAAAAAAAUUAUGGUUCUUCAUUUCAAUGAUAAAAGUCUCCGGUAAAAUGACAAUACUUGGACAGACACAUACCGUGAUAUUAAUUUAUGCGAAGGAUAGGACCCUGAGAAACAGGAGCUGAGGUGUGUCAAUCUUUCAUGCAAAAUUCCUUAUUUAACUGGUAAAGAUGGUCCUGAAGUUGACGGCUGCAGUAUAAGGUAUUGCAGUGUAGGGUAUUGCAGUGGAGGGUAUUGCAGUACAGGAUAUCGCAAUGAAAGGUACUGUAGUGGGGUUUUUUGCGGUGUUGCUAAGAUUUUCCCGUGGAAAUUUCCAUACUUACAUCUUACUCAUGUCAGGUUGUUCGAUUCUUAACGUACAUCAAAUUUAAUAAAUUUAAUUUAAUUUCCAUAAAUGAUGUAAGGAUUAAAGUUGUUCAGAAAAAUUGUAUCAGGGAAAUCAGUCGAUAUUACGAGGGGCUAACGCUCGAAACGUCAGCUUUGAAACUCUUUACGGUGACCAAUUCACGUCUCAGUUGAUAAUACUAACUUACUUUGUUAGUCUCUACCGACGCAGCACCACCGUUUCUUUAGAAACUUACUCCCUUUAUUCAGAAAAAUCCUAGUUCGUAGAAAUGAGGUGAAUAAUUGAUAUCUGAAAGACGGUUACGGUGAGACCUAAAACGGUGGAGAAGCCUUCUUUUUAGUUCUCUUGUAGAUGGUGAUAAGCCCAAAAUCGAUGAAGGACAGAAGAAAAGCAGGUUUCCAGGUUAAACCAAUUGAUCUGUCACGGCGACAAUGUCCCCGUCAAAACUUGAGGUGUCCUCGGUUUAUAAUAUCAGGUUGCCUGAAUAAGACAGAACAGCUGAUUGUGUUGGUAAAAAUUGACCAAUCACUUUACAUGAACUGGACUUAUUACACUCGACUGACAACGAGCAGGAACACUCACAGUGGUCAACAUCUCCCUUACUGACAAAAACACUCUCUGCUUCUUUUAGAGUAAUGCCCAACACCACUGAUAACUAUACAAAGUUAUCAUAUUAAUACUUAUUGGCAUUGAGCCACAGGCUUAAUGCUAAAAUCAGCUAUUUCUUGCUGAAACAUUUAUAACUUGUUCUGUUCAUUUCAAAAUGUUUCUAGGAUUAUAGGAGAGAAUUAAAGAUAUUUUUUGGGAAAUUAGAAGAGGAGCAAAUUUAACAAAACUGAUAAAUGUAACCGAUGUUUUUACUGUAUUUGAAAGUCAAAUUGCAAAAUAUUUCAUCCCUCAGCUGGUAGAAACAGGAUCUUUUAAAAUGAAUGCACUAUAUCCAUUUAUUUCGGACAUAAGAAAUAUGACUGCCCGUGUCGCUUGAAAGUGACAGGGGAAUUCAAGAUAAUUUGUAUGGUCGUUUGUAAUUGUGCUUAGCAAAUCAGGUCACCUACCUGCGUCUUAGCAAAUCAGGUCACCUACCUGCGUCUUACAAAUGGACCUACUCACGACAUAUUUACACAACAAAGGAACCGAUCAAAUUGCAAAAUAUUUUAUCCCUCAGCUGGUAGAUACAGGAUCUUUUAAAAUGAAUGCUCCAUAGCUAUUUAUUUUGGACAUAAGGAAUAUGACUGCCCGUAUCACCUGACCAUUUGUAUGGUCGUAUAUAAUUGUGCUUAGUCCAUAAGCCCAUAACGUCACCUACCUGCGCCAUACAAAUCGACCUACUCACGACAUAUUUACACAACAAAGGAACCGAUCAACACGUCUCGCAGCUAAUAACACAAGAGGAAUCUGACCAAUCAGUUUACACAGAAUUAGUUUUGUAGAAGUCGACUGACGAAGACUCUUCACUUUCCGCUUGUGCAGUUCUUGAAACAUCAGUGAGCCACUAUUACCAACAACAGUCCUUCUCAGAACUACUCUCACCCGAACGAUCACAGUACACCAUCAAAACCAGUCAAACAGGAACAGUUUACAGUAGCAAACAUUUGCCUUUCUGAGAACAAACUCUCUGUUGCCGGCUUUGAGAAAAAUGCUGAACACCACUGAUGAACAUACAAACUCCUCAUUUGAAGUCAGGUAUCCAGCGUCACUUGUGGGGAUGUCUGCAGCAUUUGCAUCCUUGAACACUUUUUCCUCCAUCACCGCGACACUUGGCAAUGUUCUCAUCCUAAUUGCUCUUAACAAAGUGACUUCGACUUGUCCUCCAACGAAACUUUUGUUUCGAUGUCUGGCGGUCACCGAUCUUUGUGUUGGACUAGUAACACAACCGCUGUUUACAGUGAUGCUUCUUGCCAGCAGCAACGUUUAUGAAUACGUUGAAGAGAUACAGGUGAUCUCAUCUAUAGUUCUUUGUGGUGUCUCCCUCUUGACAUCAACUGCGAUAAGUGUGGACAGACUUCUUGCGUUGUCAUUGGGUCUGAGGUAUAGAUACGUUGUUACAUUAAGGCGGGUGCGAGCGCUUAUUAUCUCCUUUUGGUUUCUAAUUGGUGCUUCGGUUGGGUGUCUCUUCGUUUUAGAAAUUUACUUUUUUGUAUAUGCUGUUGUGAUGCUUAUUUCUCUUCUUAUCUCGGCCAUCUCUUACACUAAGAUCUAUUUCCGUCUCCGUCAUCUACUGCUUCAUGUACAAGGCCAUGUUCACCAACGAGAACAUCUUCCUCCCAAUGGCGAUGUACCGUCUGCAUUGAAUUUAGCGCGAUACAAGAAAACGGUUUCCAUUAUAGCAUGGGUACAGCUUGGAUUAUUUGCUUGUUACUCUCCUAUUUGUAUUGCUUUAAUUUCAUCACAUUUCGAAAAGAUUUUUAGCAAGAAUAUAAUUUACUUUUUCCUUUGUUUACUAUUCUUAAACUCAUCUCUAAACCCUAUUCUUUACUGCUGGAAAAUCAGGGAGGUAAAACAGGCAGUAAAGGACACAGUUCGACAGUUAAACUGUUGUUGUGACCUAAAUUGAACCUUUGUGUAGUAAAAAACAAUGUAAAACUCUGUGGAAAGAAAAAAACGGCUGGACUUAAAUACAAGUUAUAUUCUGACUACUGAAUUGCCACAUGAUCAAGAGAGGAUCUCUGUAUCAAGGUGACAGUUGUUAUUCUCCUGGUCUACAAAGAGUGGCUCUAUACGUUGGGUGACAACAUCUUCCUAAAUGAUCAUUUUGAUGUUGUGUGAAGGAAUAUUUGCUGCCACCAUAGGGUCACAGACUCUCCUACAAUCGGCAGAACCAAAACAGCUAAAACGGAACCUACACCAAACUGUUUUCUAGUUCAAACAGGUAUAAAGAUACUGAACACCGCUGUACACUGUUGUUCACCGGCUACUUAGCAAAGCUGCAAAGCCAACGAGUUUGGGAAAGGAGAAGCAGUUGUGGUCUACAACAUGACACUCUAAUCGUAUUUCGUCUUUCCUCUCAGAACAAUUAAAAACUCACCUACAUCCAACUGGAAACGUCUUAGAGUACAUUGAUACCAAGCAGUUCAAACCUUAUUAACAUAUAAAUAUCACUCGAUAGCGCUGAAGCAAUUUGGUAGUGAAGGAAGAACAUUCCAUGACCUAUAAAAUAUAAAUACAAAAAAAGCCUACAUGCACUCCCUCGGACCCUUUUAAAGGUAUAGUAAAUGAAAACUAGGCUGUUUUUUAUAGAUAUUUUUAUUUGACAUGUUUCUUUUUUCUCUUUCGCUUGUGAUGAUCUGGAGGAUUUCUUCCGUUUGACAAAAAUAUUCAAACUUAGAGCAUGUGACAUGAAAAUAAUGUUUAGCGAACGUUUAUGUAAACUCGGUUUCGGCUUAGAAAUGAUCGGCAGGACAAUCUUCACAAAACUGUGAACAUUUUGAGAGAUCUCACCGAAGCAAAUUGAAGAAAAUCAAAGGCAAAGCCAAAUUAUAGCUGGCGAGCGCCUCCCUUCGUGGAGCCUUGGCUUAAAAACGAAAAUCAUUUUGAUAAUAUUUACUCCAGUAAACGAUAGUCCGAACCUGACUCAUUGCCUUUUGAUGGCUUUUAGUGACCUUGAAAAGUGAAAACAUAAACAUUUUCUAGAGAAACAUUACGCUGGCGCGCGCGCCAACAUUGAGCAAAAACCCCAUGAAGCCUCCUUUAACUUCUUUGGAAAAGUGUUGCUCUGAAAGUGUGUAAAAAGAUCGUUAAAGAUAUUUUUUCGCCAUUUUCAUUAUAAAAUUUUUUUUUAUAAAUAAUUGCUUACACUGAUAAGCACUGCUUAUGAAGGGCAGAUUAAUUUGAAUUGACAAGAUAUAAAACGAAGCGGGCGUCAGUUUUAUUUUCCAAAUGUUCACCAGGCAAUUCCAUCACGACAAAAUGGACCAAUCACUUUACAGAAACUGGAAUUAAUACACUCGACUGACAACGAGCAGGAAGACUUGCAGUGGUAGACAUCUCCCUUACUGACUAAAUACUAUCUACUUCUGUUAGAGCAAUGCCAAACACCACCGAUGACUAUACGAAGUUAUCAUGUUAACACUUAUUCUAUUAUUGAAGGAAUAUCUGCUGUCUCUAGAAUGGCAAUGAGCCACAGGCUUAACGUUAAAAUCAGCCAUUUCUUGCUGAAACAUAUAUAAUCAUUUGUAACUUGCCCUGUUCAUUUCGAGAUGUUACUAGGAUUAUAGGAGAGAAUUGGAGAGAUUCUGUGAAAAAUAAGAAUAGGAACAAAUUUAGCAAAACUGAUAAAUGGAACCGAUGUUUUUACUGAUUUGAAAGUCAAAUUGCGUCAUAUUUCAUCCCUCAGCUGGUAGAAACAGGAUCUUUUCAAAUGAAUGCACUAUAUCCAUUUAUUUCGGACAUAAGAAAUGUGACUGCCCGUAUCACUUGAAAGUGAUAGGGGAAUUCAAGAUAAUUUGUAUGGUCACCUACCUGCGCCCUACAAAUCGACCUAAUCACGACAUAUUUACACAACAAAGGAACCGGUCAACACGAUUAAACAUUUUGAAGUUUCACGGUUAAUAACACCGGAGUAAAACUGACCAAUCAGUUGACACAGAACUAAUCUUAUGGAAAUCGACUGACGAAAACUCUUCACUUUCUGCUACAUGUAUUGCUUGAAACAUCACUGAGCCACUAUCACCAACAACAGUCCUUCUCAGAACUACUCUCACCCGAACGAUCACAGUACACCAUCAAAAUCAGUCAAACAGGAAAGGUUUACAGUAGCAAACAUUCGCCUUUCUGAGAACAAACUCUCUGUUGCCGGCUUUGAGAAAAAUGCUGAACACCACUGAUGAACAUACAAACUCCUCAUUUGAAGUCAGUUAUCCGGCGUCACUCGUGGGGAUGUCUGCAGCACUCGCAUCCUUGAACACUUUUCUCUCCAUCACCGCGACAGUUGGCAAUGUUCUCAUCCUAAUUGCUGUUAACAAAGUGACUUCGACUUGUCCUCCGACGAAACUUUUGUUUCGAUGUCUGGCGGUCACCGAUCUUUCUGUUGGACUGAUAACACAACCGCUGUUUACAGUAACGCUUCUUACCAGCUUCAACGUUCAUCGAUAUGUUUUUUUAAUACUGUUGGUCUCGUCUCUAUUUCUUUGUGGAGUCUCCCUCUUGACAUCAACUGCUAUAAGUGUGGACAGACUUCUCGCGUUGUCGUUGUUGAGAUACAGACAUGUUGUUACAUUAAGGCGGGUGCGAGCGCUUAUUAUCUCCUUUUGGUUUCUAAUAGGUGCUUUGGUUGGGUGUCUCUUCAUCUUUUCUUUAAAUAUUUCCGCCAUUGUAUAUGCUGUUGUGAUGCUUAUUUCUCUUCUUGUCUCGGCCAUCUCUCACGCUAAAAUCUAUUUUCGUCUCCGUCACCAACUGCUUCAUGUACAAGGCCAUGUUCACCAACGACAACAACUUCCUCCCAAUGGCGUAGUACCGACUGCAUUGAAUGUAGCGCGAUACAAGAAAACAGUUUCCGCCAUAACAUGGGUACAGCUUGGAUUAUUUGCUUGCUACUCUCCUUUUUGUGCUACUUUAUUUCCAUCCCAUUUUUUGGACGCUAAUGUGUCCUACUUUUUCGUUUGUUUACUUUUCUUAAACUCAUCUCUGAACCCCAUUCUUUACUGCUGUAAAAUCAGGGAGGUGAAACAGGCAGUAAAGGACACAAUAAGACAAUUAAACUGUUGUUGUGGACCAAAUUGA